GUUAGAGCUUCGUCUGUUACGCCUACAACGUUUAGCUGCUCGAGAGGAGAUCGGUGAUUCUGUAUAACCCUUUGUCACGUGACCUCAGCAACACCAAGAUGGCGGCCGAAGGUUCGACAUUCCAGACCGAGGGAAGAGACAUUCUUUUCACCCAGGACUCUUUCCCAUGGCCGGAAUUUUCACCGUCCUUUUUCGACGACGUGGUGGUUAUGAGCCUAAGCGUUAUCGUCUUCUCUCUCGCCCUCUUCUACAUCUACGCCAAGCCUGCGGUCACGUCGAGGGGGAAGAGAGAUGCAGAGGGGGAGGAGGGGGAAGGCGGGUACGAGUGGCCGUCAUUAGCUAGAAGGAACAGGCCCAUGCUCCAUAUUUUGUCCAGGGUGUUGGCAGCGGUGGCCGACGGGAUCCAGCGCUACGAAGGGUCCAGGACGCCGAAACUCUGAGACAUGCGCUUCGAGACUCAG